GCGUUUAGGCAGUAGGGAGUUUCUGCUGGGGUCUGGACUGGAGUCAGAGAAGACCGGACCCUACUGUGUAUGAUUGGAGUCUAAAAAAGAACUUCCCUCGCCUCAAAGAGUCUACAUGUCUAAUAUUUAGACAUGUUCAGCUUUGUGGAUAUUCGGCUGGCGCUGUUGCUCGGUGCAACAGUGCUUUUGGCAAGGGGGCAAGGCGAGGACGACCGCACAGGCAGCAGCUGUACGUUGGACGGCCAGGUCUACAAUGACCGGGACGUGUGGAAACCGGAGCCCUGCCAGAUCUGCGUGUGCGACAGCGGCACGGUCAUGUGCGACGAGGUGAUCUGCGAGGACACCAGCGACUGCGCCAAUCCGAUCAUCCCCCCAGAUGAGUGCUGCCCUGUCUGCCCUGAUGACGAAUACCAAGAGCCCAGAGCUGAGGGUCCCAGAGGUGAGCCUGGUGACAAGGGCGAGAGGGGUCCUCCUGGUCCUCCCGGCAACGAUGGCAUCCCCGGACAGCCUGGACUUCCUGGGCCCCCAGGCCCCCCUGGACCCCCUGGCCUUGGCGGAAACUUUUCUCCUCAAAUGUCUGGAGGUUUCGAUGAGAAAUCUGGUGGCAUGCCCAUCCCAGGCCCCAUGGGACCAAUGGGACCCCGUGGUCCUCCCGGACCUCCCGGACUUUCUGGACCUCAAGGUUUCCCUGGCCCCCCUGGUGAGCCCGGUGAGGCUGGUGCUCCUGGUGCAAUGGGUCCCCGUGGUGCAGCUGGUCCUCCUGGAAAGAACGGAGAAGAUGGUGAGUCUGGCAAGCCUGGUCGCCCAGGUGAGCGUGGACCUUCUGGCCCUCAGGGUGCCCGUGGAUUCCCCGGAACCCCUGGACUUCCUGGCAUCAAGGGACACAGAGGUUUCAGUGGUUUAGAUGGAGCCAAGGGAGAUACUGGUCCCGCUGGUCCUAAGGGAGAGCCUGGUGCACCUGGAGAGAACGGAACUCCCGGAGCUAUGGGUCCUCGUGGUCUUCCUGGUGAGAGAGGUCGUGCUGGUCCCAAUGGUGCUGCUGGUGCUCGUGGUAAUGAUGGUGCUGCUGGUGCUGCUGGUCCUCCUGGCCCAACUGGUCCUGCUGGUCCUCCUGGAUUCCCUGGUGGCCCUGGAGCUAAGGGAGAGGUCGGUGCUCAGGGAGGUCGUGGAGCUGAGGGACCCCAGGGAGCCCGUGGUGAGCCUGGUAACCCCGGACCUGCUGGCCCUGCUGGACCCGCUGGUAACAAUGGCGCUGAUGGUGCUCCUGGCCUGAAGGGUGGCCCUGGAGCUCCUGGAAUUGCUGGUGCUCCUGGCUUCCCCGGACCUCGUGGACCUCCCGGACCUUCUGGAACUCCUGGUGCCCCAGGCCCCAAGGGAAACACUGGUGAGGCUGGUGCUCCUGGUUCCAAGGGAGAGGCUGGUGUCAAGGGAGAGUCUGGUGCUCCUGGAGUUCAGGGACCCCCUGGACCCGCUGGUGAGGAGGGCAAGAGAGGAGCUCGUGGUGAGCCCGGUGCUGCCGGUGGCCGCGGACCCCCUGGCGAGCGUGGUGCUCCUGGUGCUCGUGGUUUCCCUGGUGCUGAUGGAGCUUCUGGCCCCAAGGGUGCACCUGGUGAGCGUGGAGGCCCUGGAGCUGUGGGACCUAAGGGAGCUACUGGUGAGCCUGGCCGCAACGGCGAGCCUGGUAUGCCUGGAUCAAAGGGUAUGACUGGUAGCCCUGGCAGCCCUGGCCCUGAUGGAAAGACUGGUGCCACUGGACCCGCUGGACAAGAUGGCCGCCCUGGACCCCCAGGCCCUGUUGGAGCCAGAGGUCAGCCUGGUGUUAUGGGAUUCCCCGGACCAAAGGGUGCUGCUGGUGAGGCUGGCAAACCCGGUGAGAGAGGAGUGAUGGGUGCUAUUGGUGUUGCUGGUGCUCCUGGUAAAGAUGGUGAUGUUGGUGCUCCUGGUGCCCCCGGAGCCGCUGGACCUUCUGGUGAGAGAGGUGAGCAGGGACCUGCUGGUCCUCCUGGAUUCCAGGGUCUGCCCGGACCUCAGGGAGCUACUGGUGAGCCCGGAAAGCCUGGUGAGCAGGGUCUGCCUGGUGAGGCUGGAGCUACUGGACCUAGCGGAUCCAGAGGUGAUAGAGGAUUCCCUGGUGAGCGCGGAGCCCCUGGACCUGCUGGUCCCGUUGGCUCUCGUGGUUCUCCUGGUGCAGCUGGUAACGAUGGAGCCAAGGGAGAGUCUGGUGCCUCAGGUGCCCCUGGUGCACAGGGUCCUCCUGGUCUUCAGGGAAUGCCUGGUGAGCGUGGUGCUGCCGGUCUGCCAGGACUCAAGGGUGACAGAGGUGACCAAGGUGCCAAGGGUGCUGAUGGUGCCGCUGGUAAGGAUGGCAACCGCGGAAUGACUGGACCCAUUGGACCUCCUGGACCAGCUGGUGCUCAGGGUGACAAGGGAGAGCCUGGUGCUGCCGGACCUGUUGGACCUACUGGUGCCCGUGGACCCCCUGGCGAGCGUGGUGAGUCUGGUGCCCCCGGACCUGCUGGAUUUGCUGGACCACCCGGUGCUGAUGGCCAAGCUGGUGCCAAGGGAGAGCCUGGAGAUACUGGUGCUAAGGGUGAUGCUGGUGCCCCCGGAGCCGCUGGAGCUACUGGUGCCCCUGGACCUCAGGGCCCUGUUGGAGCUACUGGACCCAAGGGUGCUCGUGGUGCUGCUGGACCUCCUGGUGCUACUGGUUUCCCUGGUGCUGCUGGCAGAGUUGGACCUCCUGGCCCCGCUGGUAACUCUGGUCCCCCUGGAGCUCCUGGACCCUCUGGAAAGGAAGGCCCCAAGGGUAACCGGGGUGAGACUGGACCUGCUGGUCGUCCUGGUGAGAUUGGUGCUGCUGGACCUCCUGGUGCCCCUGGUGAGAAGGGAACUCCUGGUGCUGAGGGUGCCCCUGGAUCUUCUGGUAUCCCCGGACCUCAAGGUAUUGCUGGACAGCGUGGUAUUGUUGGUCUUCCUGGACAGAGAGGCGAGCGCGGUUUCCCUGGUCUUCCCGGACCAUCUGGAGAGCCUGGCAAGCAGGGACCUGGUGGACCCGGUGGCGAGCGUGGACCUCCUGGACCCAUGGGACCCCCUGGACUGGCUGGACCUCCUGGCGAGCCUGGUCGUGAGGGAACUCCUGGUAAUGAGGGGUCUGCUGGCCGUGAUGGUGCUGCUGGUGCCAAGGGAGACCGUGGUGAGACUGGUGCUGCUGGUGCUCCUGGUGCUCCUGGACCCCCUGGUGCUCCUGGCCCCAUUGGACCCGCUGGAAAGACUGGUGACCGUGGAGAGUCUGGUCCCGCUGGCCCUGCCGGUGCUAUGGGCCCUGCUGGUCCCCGUGGUCCUUCUGGACCUGCUGGAGCCCGUGGAGACAAGGGUGAGACUGGAGAGGCUGGAGAAAGAGGCAUGAAGGGACACAGAGGAUUCACUGGAAUGCAGGGACCCCCUGGACCUCCUGGACCUUCUGGAGAGUCUGGACCCGCUGGAUCAUCUGGCCCUGCUGGACCUAGAGGACCUUCUGGAUCUGCUGGUACCCCUGGUAAGGAUGGCAUGAGUGGACUUCCUGGACCCAUUGGACCCCCUGGACCUCGCGGUCGCAGUGGUGAAAUUGGACCUGCUGGACCUCCUGGACCUCCCGGACCCCCUGGACCUCCUGGACCCUCUGGUGGUGGAUUCGACAUUGGCUUCAUUGCCCAGCCACAGGAGAAGGCACCCGAUCCCUUCCGUCACUUCCGUGCUGAUGACGCCAAUGUGAUGCGCGACCGUGACCUGGAGGUUGACACCACCCUCAAGUCCCUGAGCCAGCAGAUUGAGAGCAUCCGCAGCCCUGAUGGCACCAAGAAGAACCCCGCCCGCACCUGCCGCGACCUGAAGAUGUGCCACCCUGACUGGAAGAGCGGAGAGUACUGGAUUGACCCUGACCAGGGCUGCAACCAGGAUGCCAUCAAGGUCUACUGUAACAUGGAGACCGGCGAGACCUGCGUCUACCCAUCACAGUCCGACAUUCCUCAGAAGAACUGGUACACAAGCAAGAACAUCAAGGAGAAGAAGCACGUCUGGUUCGGAGAGGCUAUGACCGAUGGCUUCCAGUUCGAAUAUGGUGGUGAGGAAUCCAAGCCCGAGGAUGUCAACAUCCAGCUCACCUUCCUGCGUCUCAUGUCCACUGAGGCCUCCCAGAACAUCACAUACCACUGCAAGAACAGCAUUGCCUACAUGGACCAGGCCUCUGGCAAUCUUAAGAAGGCUCUGCUGCUCCAGGGAUCCAAUGAGAUCGAGAUCAGAGCAGAGGGCAACAGCCGCUUCACAUACAGCGUCACUGAGGAUGGUUGCACGUCACACACUGGUGCAUGGGGCAAGACAGUCAUCGACUACAAAACAACGAAAACAUCUCGGCUGCCUAUUAUUGACAUCGCUCCUAUGGACGUUGGUGCACCCAAUCAGGAAUUUGGCAUUGAAGUUGGCCCAGUCUGCUUCUUGUAAAAAAAGAAAUCUGGACUUGAAAUUGUUUGUGUGAUGUGUGUGUGUUUUUUCUAGCAGUCAUCUCUCUAAAAUCUUUUCUAUGCAAUUAAAAAAAAAGCCCUAGAGUCCGAUUUGGCUGUCCGAAUGGUCCACUUGCUUAGAACUGUGCUUAAGAAGACAGUGGUUGUGUGUUAUCAAGCUUUUUUUUGGGACCACUAUUUUACCACCACCAACACCGAGGAGACAUUUGUUUCACUGGCAACAAGAAAAUAAUAUAUACUUGUAAAGCGUAAAAUCCCCCUGGAGCUAAAAAACUGAAUACAGAUACAGGUGACUUUUUUUUACCACUGCGGAAGGACAAUGAAAACAAGAACCAAAUGCUUUGUACCAUGUUCAGGUGAUGAAUAAAUCUGUAAAAUGAUAUUUAAGUGUCUUUGUGUUCUACCCAUCAGAACAAGUGUCCAGCAGGCACGAAGCAUCAUUGUUCCUUUCGAGCGUCGCAGAAAGAACAGAACUAAUAAGAGACAGGGGUUUGACUUUGUUGUGAUAUCUUAUGGCUACCUCAGAAAAGAAACCAACGUUAUUACCCAGUGUUGACCAACACCAGGUUAGGAUUUUACAUUGCGGAAGUAUUGUUUAAAAGAAGCAAGUAACAGCUGCAAAAGGUGCUAUAUCAUGAGGUCCUGUAAGUGGGUGUGUUAGAGUUGUGCUUUUUUAAUUGAAAAAGUAAUGUAUUGUUUGUCACUCUUGCUCACAGGGCCUUUGGUGCUAAAAAAAGGCAAAAAACAAAUGAUCUUGCUGCCCAGUUGUAACAAAUGCCUCUCUUGCUAAUGUGUUUUUGCUGCAUUUUUUUGCAGCAGGGCUUUAUAGCAACGCAGCUUUAAUGCACAUAGUCUUUUCAAGUGUAGCAAUAAGCAGGUGGAGUCUUUCACCCCAACAGAUUUGAGUUUUGACACUUUUUGGUUGUUGUCUUUUUUGGUUUCUUUACCAAGUCCCCCUCGUGUUGUUCAAUGGUUACUUCAAUGGCAGUGCCCCCUUUUCCCCUUUUCUUGGAAUUUGUUGUUUUUGUCUUUGUUUUGUUUUUUUGACAAGGGUUUUUAAGGUUUUCCAAAGAGAAUAGCAAGAGAAAUAGAGAAUUCCAACAACUAAACACUAGUGAGAAAGCAGACACACAAUAGGGGGGUUAAAACAAGAGGAUCUGUACCUAUUUUGUAUAUGUAUAAUAAUUUGAGAUGUUUUUAAUUAUUUUGAAUGCUGAAAUAAAGCAUGUUAAGUGGUCGACCUUA